AUGGGCGUUUCCGUGGGCCAAGAAGUGUUAGACUCUUCACUCCGUGUUGCCAACGACGUUGUUGCAGGCAACUCUUUCAACCAGUCGCUAUCAAACAACGCUAGAAAUUCGUACAAAACUCUUGUGAGUCGUGCUAUAAACAAGCUGGAUCAAACUGGUGGUAGACGAAAACGAGCAUCCAAACGGAAAGCGGCCAAAAAUCGGAAAACUGUUCCAAAACGCGGUGUUUGUGGAUCGAAAAAAUCUGUUCGAAAAACACAAGGCAAAAAACGUUCUCUACCCAAGUCCACUUCAAAAAAACGUGACAUCUUUGGAUAA